AUGCUAAGCUUGAAUUGCUCUCGUGUGACAAUAAGAACAAGCUACCUCUACUAUCUACCAAUACACAGAAUGGCUUCGCAAUCAGCCACGAACAGACUCAACCUGGUCAGCAGCGCGCUGUCACCAGGCUCUCCCAAGUCCACCAUCAUUCGCCCUGAGGAGGUUCCUGAGCAUCCGUUCAAGGUCACCGUCAUCGGCUCGGGCAACUGGGGUACCACCAUUGCCAAGGUGAUCGCCGAGAGUACUGCUGAGAAGCCCGAAAUGUUCCAGAGAGACGUGAAUAUGUGGGUCUAUGAGGAGUUGGUCAACGGAGAGAAGUUGACCGAAAUCAUCAACACAAGACACGAAAACGUGAAGUAUCUGCCAGAUGUCACGCUGCCAUCGAACGUGAUUGCUGUCCCAGACAUUGUGGAGGCUGCUACCGGUGCUGACUUGUUGGUGUUCAAUAUUCCUCACCAGUUUCUGCCACGAAUCUGUGCUCAGCUCGAGGGCAAAGUUCCCAAAACUGUGAGAGCCAUAUCUUGUCUGAAGGGUUUGGACGUGUCCUCCAAAGGCUGCAACUUGCUGAGCACGUAUAUCACUGAGCACCUUGGAAUUGAAUGUGGUGCUCUUUCCGGUGCCAACUUGGCCCCAGAAAUCGCCAAGGGUAAGUGGUCUGAGACUACUAUCGGUUUUCAGGAGCCUGCCGAUUUCCGCGGUGUUGGUAAGGAUAUUGACUCGCGUGUCUUGAAACACCUUUUCCACAGACCUUACUUCCACGUUCGUGUCGUUCCCGACGUUGCUGGUGUCAGUGUGGCCGGUGCUUUGAAAAACAUUGUUGCCCUGAUGGCUGGUUUCGUCGAGGGAAUGGGAUGGGGUAAUAACGCCAAGGCUGCUGUGAUGAGAAUUGGAUUGGUGGAGCUGAUCAGAUUCUCCAAGAAGUUCUUCCCAGGUUGUCAUUCUGCCACUUUCUUCGAGGAGAGUGCCGGUGUCGCAGACCUGAUCACUACCUGUUUCGGUGGUCGUAACGUCAAGGUCGGAAAGUACAUGGCUGAGCACAACGUUUCUGCCGAGGAGGCUGAAAAGGAGCUGCUCAACGGUCAAUCAUGCCAGGGUAUUCACACAGCCAGAGAGGUUCACGAGCUCUUGAACGAAGUCAAUGCUACCGCCGACUUCCCUCUGUUCGAGUCCACUUACAGAAUCGUCUUUGAAAACGAGGACAUGCAAAACAUCCCACAAUUGCUGGAAGACUUGGAGGAUAAUUGA